CAAUUAGUUUAAGAAAUUUGUUGGUUUUACGAGAGAUGAUGGCUUCCAAAGCGAUCGUUUGGAUAAGUUUUUUCUUAGUUGUGCUUCUUUUCAUUUCCUCAUCACAAGCCGCAGCAUCCAUUAAACCUCACGAUGCAGUUAAUAAUGCCAAAUACGGAGGUGGUGGCGGUGGAGGUGGUGGUGGUGGCGGAGGCGGUGGUGGCUACGGAGGGGGAGGUUCUGGCGGAGGUUAUGGUAAUGGCGGCGGAGGUUCUGGCGGAGGUUAUGGUAAUGGAGGCGGAGGCGGAGGUUAUGGUCAUGGAGGCGGAUACGGAGGCGGAAACGGAGGCGGAAACGGCGGCGGAUACGGUGGCGGCUUCGGUGGCGGCGGUGGCCACUGCCAUCAUGGCUGUUGUCGUUGCUGCACCUAUGCUGGUGAGAAGGCAGAUGUUCAACCUCACGCAAAGCCCUAAUUAAAUAAGUCGUGUCAUAAGUAAUUUAUUUUUCUUUUUUCUUUUGCCUUUUUUUUUCUCUGUGUUCAAAUUUCAAAACCACUUGUAACAGUAUAUUAUAAAAAUACUCCUAUGUACUAUUUCCUUGUGUAAUAACAUCUAAAAAUAAUAAAAUAUAUAUUUUUUUGAAUUUAA